UGCAGAAUUCAAAUCACGCUGAAUAGAUUUCUCCGGGGGUUUUUGGAAAUGCAUGGUCAGACUGAGUGAGAUACAUAUGUUUAAUUCAUUUUCAAUGCAAGAAUACGUACUGCAUUAAUACUAGCAUGCUAUUCCACAAGUAGCAGAUUGCAGACUUGUGUUUCCAUAGGUCUAAGAGUAAGAGUGAGCGGAAGGUCAGGAAGCGGACGCAGGUAUUUUUGGAUGGACGUUACAUUAGCGAGUGACCCACAAAGCAGAAAUAGAUCUUUGUUCAUCGUCGAGCACUGACAGCACAUGUCUGUUAGAGAUCAGAUUCAGUGUCCCAAAUCACCAGAAUAUGUUCUACGAAUGUUUCGUUAACGUUCUUCCCAUGAAGUUCCCAUGAGUAUUCCAUUUCAGCGAUUUGGAAACAUUAUUGGAACGUUACAUUUGAAUGUUCUCUGAACGUUCUGAAACCAGUGGCAACAUUAAAAAAAAACAUUCCGUGUGUUUGUGCUAACGUUUUGAAGACACUUUGAACGCUAACAUUAAUAGAAUGUUUGUUCAAAGUCAUGUUUCUCAACAUUAGGUGUUACGUUUCAUCCUGGAGAUAAUGAGCACACUCUCACCAUCGCUCUCGGAGUCAGUGUGAAGUUCUGGGACAUUCUGUUCUUACUCCGCUGCUUUAACUGUAAAGAGCCAUCGAUCACGCUGCUGACAGGCUUUAUGACACUGGAUAACAAGUGUGUAAAAACAUCCUCCCUGUCCCGCUCACGGGUGGGUGUUGACACAGAUGGAAGCAAAACAUGGAUGUUCUGUAGCACAACAUGAAGACAAUCACAGAUCCUGGAGCAGAACACAUGCAUGCAACUAUACUGACAAUAUCAUUUAUUAACAAAUGCAUGCAAAAAAAAUGAAUGUUGCAAAGAUUAUUAGAGCAUGUUUUACAAGGUUCUACUUCAAAAUGUCAUUGUUAAUUCAUUGUGUUCCUUGCGGUUUCUUUAGUAAUUAUCUUUUACAUUUAUUAAAGCAGAAAGUAAAUCCUACAUCUUUUUUUUCAGUACCUCUGAUAGCAGCUAGUUAACUAAAACUAAAACCAUAAAAAAUACAUUUAUUAAAAAUGUUAUAAAAAAAUACAGAAUUAAAAUAAACGUACAAAAAUAAAUAAAUAAGACAGAUGCUUGAAAAAUAUUAAAAGAAUAGUUUCCAAUGCAACAUCUAUAAGGCAAAACUAAAAUAAAAUGAAUAAAAAACACAUAGACAUAUACAAAAAAAAAUGAAAUAAACAAACAAAAUUACUAUUUUUUUUAAACAUUAAUAAAAACUAUACAUUUAUCUAAAAUAACACUAUGCAUUUUAUACAGCAAUAAUUAUUUUGAUGCAUAAUAUUAUAAAUAUAACAGAUUAAUCAAAAACUCAUACAGAAGCGGCUAAUGAAAUAAUGCACAUGAUGUGGAAUGCUGUGAAAAUGCAGACUUUUCUUUUCCCAGAAAUCACGUGCGUGUUUGAUCAGCGUUGAACUUCCCGUCAGGAUUUGUUUGUCCAUUUGUGAACUAUCUCUCACUCAGGUGAGACGCGGUGUGUUUGUGCAUCACGAGACCUGUGGCCGCUUGUAUAAACUGCUGAGACUAGUCUUAAAAGUCAGACAUUGAUCUAAUUAGAAUCUAAAAAAAGUACUGAUAACCACUUGGUUAACUGGUUUGUAAGUCACACUCUUAACACGGGGAUUAUGCAACUGCAACUGAGCUUCAAUGAAAAUACAUUCCAAUUUUAAUCAGAUAAUUACAUUUUUAAUUCCCAGCAACAGGAAUCAGUGUAAUGAAGGUCAUGAAUCAGAUUUUCCCGUAUUUAUGGACCAUAUGAAAGCGUCUCAUUUUGUCUCAUGAUUCUUCUGCUCCACUGAUGUCUUUAUAGUCAUUGCGUAACGGCUUAUGUAACAUGUUUAGGGUGUUUGAUGGUGUCUUCUGAGGGGUGUUUUGGUCUGAUGGUCAUUAACAGAACCUCAUUAACUGUCUGUGUGAAGACGCUGGCAUGGGAAGCUCGUUAAGAGCACUGACGAAGCAGCUUCAGAACCGUGAACACAACACAGGUCACGGACAACUGCAGAUAACACAAAGACAAUACAUCAUCCAUGGAACGUUUUUCCUGACAUGUUUUAGUUGGAUGUUGGUUUGAUAUCAGUGAAUCAGGUCUGGGAUAAUCAGGGAUGCUGAUGGAUGUGUGGAUGACUGAAUGUCCAGUAAUAAUUACACUGGACAGUAAAAACAGCCGUCCCAUCAGGCUCUGCACAGCGGGAAUGUUGCUGUUCACAUUCCAUGCUGUACACACAAUGGUGACGGGCACCAGAGAGAAAAUAAAUGUUUUCAUGUUUAAUGUAACAGGAGCUCAUUCAAAUACUGAGGUGCUAAACCGUUCAGGGCUUUAUAAGUAAUAAGCAAUAUUUUAAAAUCUAUACGAUGUUUGAUAGGGAGCCAGUGCAGUGUGGACAGGACCGGGCUAAUAUGGUCAUACUUCCUGGUUCUAGUAAGAACUCUUGCUGCUGCAUUUUGGACUAGCUGUAGUUUGUUUACCAAGCGUGCAGAACAACCACCCAAUAAAGCAUUACAAUAAUCUAACCUUGAAGUCAUAAAUGCAUGGAUUAACAUUUCUGCAUUUGACAUUGAGAGGAUAGGCCGUAAUUUAGAUAUAUUUUUGAGAUGGAAAAAUGCAGUUUUACAAAUGCUAGAAACGUGGCUUUCUAAGGAAAGAUUGCGAUCAAGUAGCAAACCUAGGUUCCUAACUGAUGGCGAAGAAUUGACAGAGCAACCAUCAAGUCUUAGACAGUGUUCUAGGUUAUUACAAGCAGAGUUUUUAGGCCCUAUGAUUAACACCUCAGAUUUUUCAGAAUUUAGCAGUAAGAAAUUACUCGUCAUCCAAUUUUUUAUAUCGACUAUGCAUUCCAUUAGUUUUUCAAAUUGGUGUGUUUCACCGGGCUGCGAGGAAAUAUAGAGCUGAGUAUCAUCAGCAUAACAGUGAAAGCUAACACCAUGUUUCCUGAUGAUAUCUCCCAAGGGUAACAUAUAAAGCGUGAAGAGUAGCGGCCCUAGAACUGAGCCUUGAGGUACUCCAUACUGCACUUGUGAUCGAUAAGAUACAUCUUCAUUCUUCAUUCAUAUAAGUACGAUUUAAACCAUGCUAAUGCACUUCCACUGAUGCCAACAAAGUGUUCAAGUCUAUGCAAAAGAAUGUUACGUUUAAUUGUGUCAAACGCAGCAGUUAGAUCCAAUAAAACUAAUAGAGAGAUACACCCACGGUCAGAUGAUAAGAGCAGAUCAUUUGUAACUUUAAGGAGAGCAGUCUCGGUGGACUGGAAAUCCUCACAUAUACCAUUUUUCUUUAAGAAGGAACAUAAUUAGAAUAUAAAGAGGCACUUAAAAAUAUCUGAAUCUCAAAAUACCAAAGUAAGAAGCAUUUACUAUAAAGAAAACACAAACAUUGUGCUUUACUCAUUAGAAACUUCCUCAAUUUGAACUGUAUCUGAAAUUGGCACACACAUAAAGAGAUAUGUAUGUUCUCAUAAUGCUGAGAGAAAACAUCCUUAUUCUCAAAACAUCCUUAUGAUGUUAUUGUUUUAAGAAAUGUUUUUGUAACCUUUAAAUAACGUUCUAAUCACCACAAGAAAACAAGAAAUUUCAAAUGUUGAGAAUAUUAAAAAUAAACGAUAAAAUAACAUCAUAUUUUGGGUGAAAAUAAAGUUAGUAAAAUGCUGAAGAAGCAUACUUGUAACUUUAAAUAUGGUUCUAAUAAAAAUAAAAUCUGAUCUGUUUAUGAAUUUUUCGAAAGGGUUUUGGAUGAAUAGAGCCAAGAAGAGACUUGAUUUGAUGAAAAAUAUGUUAAUUUGUGUUUAUUUGUAGUGCUUUGAUACAUAUUGUGUCAAAGAAAUAUAUUUAUAUGGCAGAAAUUUACAUUUCUAAGAUAACCAUGCAGUUAGUUAACGUUAAUCUGAUUGUUAAUCUGAAACACGUUAAAUCAAUAUUUACAUGUUGUGAUAAUAAUAAUAAUAUAAGGAAACUUUGGCAGUUUUGUCUGUUGUUUUAGAGUUGGCAUCAUUUUAAGUCCUCACAAGGGUUGGUCUUAUCUGAAAUGAGAUCGUUCUCUGAUAAAUCUAAAAAUAAACAUCUUAGAAUGGUCUUAAGUGCAAUUCAUCUUGAUUUACCAAGCCUAAUAUCUCAUAUUUCUCGUUUUAGGCGUUUCAUUGGAUUGAACCCUAAGAGAGGAACAAAGGACAUUCAGGUGAAGGAGAUCGCCAAGAAAACAGGGAAACUAAAAAAAUGAAUACCUUCACAAAAAAAAAAUAAUAAUAAUAAUUUUUGGACUUUGAGCGGGGCUUUGUUUAGUAAUGCAAAGUCAGAGCAUUGUGUUCUGCUACUAUACAGACGUUCAUAUGAAGUCACAGCAUUCUGUUCUCAAUCCAGAUGUUCAGUCAGCACAGUGUUCUGCAAAUUAAUGUUUAUGUGAAAUCACAGCACUUUGUUCUGCAACUGCAUCUUUCUGUAAACUUUCUGCAUUCUGUUCUGUAACCACAUCCUCGUCUGAAAUCAGAGCGUUGUGUCCCGUUCAACUGCAAUGGUGCAUUCCAGAUAUAAUUGGCAUUAAUGUUUCAAAAACAUCUAUUUUCUGUGGUUUUCAUUUUAGAAUGUACAUUUUAAAAACAUAAAAAUCACAGUCUACUGUAUUUUAAUACAUUUUACAGUAAUAGCGUUUAUGAGAUUACAGUAGAUAUAAUAAAACAGUAUAAUAGCAACCAAAAACCUACAGUGUUAUACUGUACAUUUUAUAUUUUUUUACAGCACAGUACUGUAAUAUUUUUUACGGUAAUAAACUGUUGUUGCAUAUUACUGUAGAAUCACAGCAUUAUGCAGUGAAAUCUAGCUGCCAGUUGUUUACUGUAAAUUAAUGGUAUUUUUUUCUUUUUACAGUGAAUCCACAAAAUGCAUUGAUUAAUAUUUAAGAAAAAAAAAACUGAAAGGAAGGGGUUUACUACUUAUUAUCAACCAUGAAAAACUCAUUGCUUUUUGAUGAAAGAUUCUGAAGAGUAACUGUUGAAUCCAUCACUAUAAAACCAUGAGCAGCAUAGGGUCAGUUUGAUGUAAUGUUGAGAUAACCGCACAGUAAUGAAGUCAUUUAAAGCACCGCAGAAACACUAAAUCACUCGGGAUUCAGAUUGCAGCCAUCAUGUGCCAGUCAUUUUCCAGACGGCUCCUGAUGCACAAGCCACACUCAUUUGCUGUUGUUUGUGUUCCCUGUAUUUUUCCACAGAGCAGCGGAGACUUCACACACCGUCCACCCACAGUGAUGUCAAAAACAACUUCUGGCUCGCAGGCCGAGAAAUUCACUGCUUUAUUUCCAGCGUAUCAAUCCACACUGCCCUGAAUCAACAGCGGCGAGAAUCAGAGCCUGAUGCAAACCCAAAGAUCAGACGUGAGACUGAGGGACGUUUUCAUUUAAAAAAACUCAUGCAAUAUUUUUUUACAAUUCUUUCUUAAUUUUUUUUUUCCUAUUGAAAUAUGCAGCUAAUUAGAUGCACAGUCAAAAAAGUCAUUUUGCAGGGCCAGAAAUUAUGUUUCUGCAUUUGACAAAAAAAAGUUCAAUCAGUGCCUUGUGCUUUGAAAAGGGUUUCUUAGUUUCUUUCUUCUGUUGUGCACAAAAGAAGAUAUGCUGAAGUCGCCUGUUAUUAGCGUUCUUCAAAAUAUUUUAUUUCGUGCACAACAGAAGAAAGAAAACAAAAAGUUGUUUGGAACAACUUGAGGGUGAGUAAAUGAUGACAGAAUUAUUAUUUUUGAGUGAACUAUCCCUUUAAAUAUAAGGAUGUCAGACUGACUUUAACUGAAUUUAGUCAAACCUCAUUUGAUUAAAAAAAUUAAGGGGUUAAAUUAUUUAAUUUGAAUAGUUAAAGUAAUGGAAAAACAUACAGUAUGACUUAAAUCAUAUCAUUUUUACAGUGUGUUCAGAGCUAGACACGUCUCCUAAAUGUCCAGCCAUAGCACACUUGGGUUAUAUUUGUUUUUCACCAUCAGAGCUAUUUUUGUACUAAUUAUGUUUAUGCAUCUACAAAUGUGCAAUGCAAGCAUUAUGAUGUUCCCAAAGGUUUAAUUCGUCUUGUUUUGUCACACACUUCCCGUUUAGAGUCAGAUUGUGUUUUUCGUGUUUCAUCGAGAGGAUCUGUAUAAAUAAUCUCAUGUAUGUAGGAUGAGCAGCUGCAUGUGUUUUUCUCUUGUCUUCCUUCAUGUCUUCUCUCAUGUUAUUGUGGCAGAUGAAGAACGAAGGGUUCAGAAAACACCUACGCCGUAGACCCCCAGUGUGCCACUAUUUUGGGCUAUUUUGCAAGCAAUAUGUGUACACAGGUGCAACACAGAAAAUACAUUUUAUACAAAUCUGGACUGCUUGUUAAAUGCUGAACAACCACCUGACAGAUUCUCACAGAAACUCUUUCUCAUCACUUGUUUAACAAGAUUCAAAACCAUCAGAACUUUGUUACAAACCUUAUGAAAGCAAGUGUAGUUAAUAGUUGAGAUGAACAGGAAAAAACACUCUACACUGCCAUAUAGUAGAGAUUUUAAGAUAUAAAUUCAUUAAUCUGUCGUUUAAAUUAUCCAAAAAGUAUUUUUUCGCUUCAUUCACACGUAUAAUACGCCAUGCAUUUGUUAAUGUGGAUCUUUCUUUUCCCCGAACUAAUUAUUUUAACCUAAUCAAUAAAACUAUACCUCAACCAGCCCCACCAAAGGUUUUGCUGGAGACCUGCACAAGCCCAAAAAUCAAUUCUAAGAAUGUUUUGCUUCAAGUUAUUUUUUAAAUGUUUUAAAAUAAAAAUAAAUCUAGGCUGGAUGAUUGUUAAUGGAACAUUCCAUUUGAUCAUUUGGCAAACAUUAUUUUUGUUUUGAGUGUUCUCUGAACGUUCUAAAACAAGAAGUAACAAUUUAAAAACGUUAGAGGAACGUCCAGAUAAACGUUUCAGAGAAAAACGUUCCAUGAUAAAUAAUGUUUUUGUGCUAACAUUUUGAGAACAUGAUUAAAAAACGGAUUCCUUUGAACGAAUGUUCUAUUAACGUUACUGGAAUAAUAUUUGUUGAUCAUUUAGAACGUUUGCUGAAGUUCUGAGAACGUGAUCGAAGCUCAGCAGCAAACCAAAACCACAGCAGCUGUAUUAAAACCAGUCACCGAUAGAGGGCGACACUUCCCACAAUAAUACUUGAAGAACAGGACGAGUUUUAUUUUAUUAUGUUCUCUUUUUGAUUAACAUUUUGCUGGUAACAUUUGAUAUCAGAUUUUAAAUACGAUUAUUGAGUCAUCUUUAAAUAGAGAUUGGAGGUUUAAAUCACUUUUUUCCCUAUCCACCAACUUGAGUCAAAACGAAAUGUAUUUAUUUAUUUAUUUAUUUAUUUAUUUAUUUAAUGUUUUCUUUGUUUAUAUUACUCACUGUAAAAUCGGCAUAUUGUUCAUCAUUAAAUAAAAAAAGAGGGUGAUUUCCAUUUGUAUUCAAGCUCUUGCUUUUGACCGAAGGAUUCGUAACCGUGUGCGCAUGCGCGUUCUCGUCACUGCCGCUGCGGGUUCGGCGCACGGGGACGCGGCGCGGCAGCAGCGGAGGAAUCCAUAGCAACGGCGGAUAAACAUGAGUUACUACAGCAGACCCUCCAGUUCCUCCAGCUUCGGGUCCAUCAUCACGACCAGCACACUGGAGGAUGAAAGUCUGAACCUCAGACAGCAGAAACUGGAGAAACAGAGGGCGCUCCUGGAGCAGAAGCAGCGGCGAAAGCGUCAGGAACCGCUGAUGGUCCAGCCGAACUCAGAGGGACGUCCCCGGCGCUCGCGUCCCCGCCGAAGUGAAGAACAAGCCCCGCUCGUGGAGACACACCUCAGCACUGCCAGCGACAUCAUCCUGGACGGCAUCGAUGGCCCCGCGGCUCUGCUGGGGUCAGAAGCUCCAGAUCUGUGCUGUAAGAUCCAGGUUCAGUCGGUCAGUCGACCGCAGCAGACCGCACUGCCCUCCGCAGAAGAACCAGACACACACACACUGCUGGAGACACGCGGACUGUCUGGCAGCAUGAACUACGACGAGGCCAGUGAGGAUGAGGAUGAAGAUGAUGAUGAGGAUGAGGAUGAAGAGCCGAACACAGAGAGCACUCGUCCUGCGUCGGCCUCCAGCACCAAAUCCACCACGGAGUGUGUCCCGCUGGGUUCCCCGUCGCCCGAGGGCUCCUCCAUUGAGGUGGAUAAUCUGGAGGAGUUUGUGCUCCGUCCGGCUCCGAGGGGGGUCACCGUCAAGUGUCGCAUCUCACGGGACAAGAAGGGCAUGGACCGCGGUCUCUAUCCCACGUACUUCAUGCACCUGGAGAGAGAAGACGGCAAGAAGGUGUUCUUACUGGCCGGACGCAAGAGGAAAAAGAGCAAAACCUCCAACUAUCUGAUCUCUGUGGACGCCACAGAUCUGUCCCGAGAGGCGGAGAGCUUCAUAGGAAAACUGAGGUCUAAUCUGAUGGGAACCAAGUUUACGGUGUACGAUAACGGCACGAACCCCUCGAAAACCCCCGGAGCGCUGCUGGAGGAGACCAACACACGGCAGGAGCUCGCCACCAUCUGCUACGAGACCAAUGUUCUGGGCUUCAAAGGGCCGCGGAAGAUGACCGUCAUCAUUCCUGGGAUGAACAUGAACUUCGAGCGUGUUCCGGUUCGUCCGGCGUGUGAGCAGGAGUCUCUGCUGAGUAAAUGGCAGAAUCUCUCGCUGGAGAAUCUGAUCGAGCUGCACAAUAAAGCGCCGGUGUGGAACGACGACACACAGUCUUACGUGCUCAACUUCCACGGCAGAGUCACGCAGGCCUCCGUCAAGAACUUCCAGAUCGUGCACGAGAACGACCCUGAAUACAUCGUGAUGCAGUUUGGUCGAGUGGCGGAGGACAUCUUCACUCUGGACUUUAACUACCCCAUGUGUGCCCUGCAGGCCUUUGCUAUCGGCCUGUCCAGCUUCGACAGCAAACUGGCCUGCGAGUGACCAUGAGACACACACACACACACACACACACACACUCAGGACACUAGAGCACGAUCCUCCUCACCGUGUCUCCAUUGUGUCCGAGGAUUUGUGCUAUAUCACAAUAAUCAGAAAUAAGGACCAAAGUAAUUAUUUUUGUAGAGGAAACACAUCAAAUCAUUUAACUUUUUACUACAUGAAAUAACUGACAAGAUGAUCCUGCGACUUAUUUUCCUUAUGUUUCUUUUUCACUGGAUUUAUGUUUUAAUAGACCACUAGAAAACUAAACUGAGGGGUUUAUUCUGAAACGCAGAGAGAGAGAUUUUAUUUAGGCUUUUUGAGAUGUUUUCUGUGAUGUUUAGUAAGUGUCUGAUGGAUAUGAAGAGUAUGAUGUCAUGGAGAAUCUCACACAAACUGUUUAGAUUUUUAUUGAAACUUGUUUGUAUUUUUAGAGUUAACUUUUUCCCCCGCACAAUUGUGAGUUUUUAUAUCACAAUUUCAGCAUUCAUGUUUCUGCAAUUAUAUCGUGCAAUUCUGUUUAUAUCUCACUAUUCUCUGUUUAUAUCACAAUUCUUAAUAUUUUGCACAAUGCUGAGUUUAUAUCUUGAAAUUCAGAUUAUUAUUAUUUUUUUAUCCAGAGGAGGAAACAAGCUUCCUUAGAGUUCACCACUGAAAUUAAAAGAAAAAAAUAAGAAAUUAUAUUUUGCAUUCAGAAAAUUAAUCGGAAAAAUCAUGUAAUAGAGCAACUGGGAAUUACAGUAAAUUAUAUAGAUGCAUUACGGAAGUGAAAGUUUUCAUAUCUUAAAAUAUGCUGGUCAUCCUAGAUGUUUCUUUUUGAGAUUUUAUUUUUUUAUUUGGAUGAUGCUGAUGUACUUUUUUGCAUUUUGCAUGUUCAUGAAUAUGACAUUUUUAACACUUUAUGUUUUUAUUUGUCUUUUCACUUGUCUUUGCUCACCAAAACCCCCUGAGGAAACACAUUGCAUGUUAAUCCGGUUCUUACAGCUGCUGCAUGGAUGGAGAAAGUUGCCUUAACACGUGGCUGCAGUGUAAAUAGUCACAGAAGAGCGUCUACAUCCUGAGAAACUGUAGAGAAAAAGGGGGAGCUCAAGCACCUUUGUUCCUGUUCAGUGUGUUUCCUGUUGAUAUGAUUGAUGUGUGUUGAUAUUCCUCACAUGUUGUGAGUGUGUCAGCCAAGUGUGUACUGAUAUAUAUACAAAAGCUAAAUUAUCUAGUUUUUAUGUUUGCAAAUACUGUAUUUUAUGAUGAUACUGUUGGUAGAAAUACAGUAAUUAAAACUCUUAAAUAUG